AGAAAGCGCCGCGGUUUAAAGUGUCCACAUCUCCAGUUCCAGCAGCACAGAAAUAACAGCUGAAGUCUUUGUUUUCCUCAGCGGCUUCACAUCACAUCACAAUCUCAGUCACACACUGCUGUCAUUUGUUUUCUGUUCAUGCGUUCACAUUCACAUCCUGUGUUUGUUUUGUUUCAUUGGUAUUUUCCACAGGCAUUUUCUUUUGGAUGGAGGUAAUUUUCUCUAUGAUGCAACUUCUGCCACUUCCGCGUCUCAUACUGAAAAGGUAGUUUUGUGGCAGCUGUCAUUUGGUUGUAAAUGAAACUCACAUGACGAGUCCAGAGAGCAGAUAGACGGGAAACUCGACUUCCUCCUUUGAGUGUGAAGGUGAAUGUUUGAAGAGAGGAAGCGCUUUCUACACAGGAGAAAAUAAACCGGCUGGAUUAUUCUGCAACAAGAUGCACAUUCUGUGUGUGCUGUUGCUUCUGACCUGUCUGGUCCUCGGCCGAUCUUCACCUGCUUUAAACAAGUUGUGGGAAGAGUGGAAAAUGGAACAUAGUAAGGUUUACAACAAUCAGACGGAGCUGAGCUUCAGGAGAGCCGUGUGGCAGAAGAACGUGCACUUGGUGCUGAGACACAACCAGGAGGCCGCGGCGGGAAAACACAGGUUCACUUUGGGACUGAAUCACCUGGCUGACAUGACAGCAGAGGAGAUCAAUGAGAAGCUGAACGGCCUGAGGCUGGAAGAGCCUGUUCCUUUAAGAAAUUACACUUUAAAGGAAGUGAGUGGAUUACCCAUGCCUCAGAGUGUGGACUGGAGGAAGGAGGGUCUGGUCAGUCCUGUCCAAAACCAAGGUUUGUGCGGGUCCUGCUGGGCCUUCAGCUCUAUGGGAGCUCUCGAGGGACAGAUGAAGAAGAAAACCGGCGUCCUGGUUCCCCUGAGUCCACAGAACCUGGUGGACUGCAGCACCGCUGAUGGAAACAGUGGCUGCAGAGGAGGAUUCAUCUCCAAAGCCUUCAGCUACGUCAUCCGCAACAGCGGCGUCGACUCUGAGAAGUUUUACCCUUACCAACAAAAGGAUGGGAAAUGUCAUUACUCCGUCAAAGGAAAAGCUGGACACUGUUCCAGGUUUCACAUCCUUCCUCAGGGAGACGAGCGCACGCUACAGGCUGCGGUGGCAUCAGUGGGACCCGUGGCUGUGGCUGUGAACGCUAUGUUACCGUCCUUCCAUCUGUACAGAGGAGGUUUAUACAACGCCUCUGGCUGCAACCCAAGGUUAAUAAAUCAUGCCGUUCUACUUGUGGGCUAUGGCACGGACAGGGGACAAGAAUACUGGCUCAUAAAAAACAGUUGGGGAACUGCAUGGGGAGAGGAAGGCUUUAUACGACUGGCAAAGAAUAAAAAUAACCUCUGUGGCAUCGCCAGCUUUGCAGUUUACCCAACACUGUGAAAACACCACCUGAACUGUGAAUGUCAAAAACACAACACAUGAGGAUAUUUCACCAAAAUGUUCCUCUGCUACACUGUAUUUUAUAUAUUUAUAUAUGUGUAUUUUAAGUGUUUGUUACCAUUGCAAAUUGGUGGAGAUAAAUCCUGUUUGAAUAUUCUACAGAUAUUCACUCAGUUACACUUCAAAGAACCGACUGACUCCAAACAACUACCAUAGACACACGGGACACACCUCGAUUUUAUUGGAUCUUAGUAUUUCAUAUUUUGAAUAUAAAAAUAAAUGCUUUUUUAAAUCAUUAUAAUUCAUAAUAUCACCCACUAACUCCAAAUUACAACAGAUAUUCAGAGGUGGAAAGAGUCCUGAAAUAUUCCACUCAAGUAAAAGUGCCACUAUUUUCAUAACAUUUUACUGAAGUACAAGUAAAAGUACUGAUCUAAAAACUUAUUCAAGAUAGAACAUUUUACUUUAGUGAAAGUUACUUAGUUACUUUUUUAACAAGGUUGUGGUUCUUUCUUGUGUCUUGAAAAAAGGACAAGGGGACACAAAUAUCACAUAAAUUGUUUUAAAUUAAAGGCAAAUCUGUACAAACACUGAAUGCAUCAGUCAAAAUGGGUCAAAGGUCACAAAUACUUUAACUUUCUCACACACUCAGGGACCUUAAUUAACGCCAGUUCACCUGUCCUCACCAUUCACUCACCUGUCCUUAUCAUCCAAAGUUUUCGGUGCGUGAUUUAUUUAUGUUUUAUUUAUUAAUUUUAUUUUUUAAAUUCAGGCCAACAUUGUUGUACUCCGUAACAGAUCUGAUUUAAAGCGUAGUGAAGUGAAUUACUUUCAAAAGACAUACUUAAGUAAAAGUAAAGUGACACAUUUUAAAAAGUACA